AUGUGGAGAAAAACGGUAACACCAUUCUGCUGGAUAGUGCAGACCUUCGUACUUAUUGUAUUGUUUAAUCUACAACUCGCUCGAGGCCGUGUCGUGGAAGUUGCCCAGGUAGUUUGGGAGGAAUCACAGGGUUCAAAUGCGAUAUUACCAAGUUGGAUUGGCUACGACACCUGGACUGAUAGGGAUACAAUCUGGCAGUAUGGAAACGAUGGUUCAUGUACUGGGUUUCUUGUGAAUGAACCUGGUGCAGUUAUUGACACCGUCAGCUUUUCUUUUAAGAAUCCUAGUUUUAGAUUCCCUUGGUACUUAGACCAUAUCGAAAUACACCGUACAAAGUGGUGCGAAGAUCCAAACCCUCUAAAAAUACCACUUGAAAGCGAGGCGAGUUUUCUCGAUCUGAACCCUGGGUUUGCAUCGGAAAUAUCAUUGCCUGAGCAUGAGAGUUCGGUUGUCACACAAUCUCAAACAGAAAUAUCUACUUCGAAACAAAACUCACCUGGAGAAGAUUUAGUUGAAAAUAUGAGCGGGAUAUUUUCAACUUUCAAUGGUAACGGCGCCCAUAGUGCCUUGGAUAACGAAGCUGCCUUAUCACGUGCACAGAUAAAGGAGGUACAGGAUGGAAGUGAAAGCGACUUAGCUAGCAGAACUUCAUUAUCAGAUUACUAUUCUGCCCCAGGACGACUAGAAACACCGACUUCUGAUUUGGAGGAUGAUAUCUUGACAUGGAAACUCUGGCCGACGUUGAACAUCCCCGCGCCUGUAAGUGUGCGAUUUGUGACGAAUUAUCACAAAAAGCGUGUUCUACCGAUAGAGAUUUAA